AUGGCCGUGGCCUCUUUUCUUGCAGGCGUACUUCCUCUGUCGCUUUCCCUGUCGCAAUCGCAAUUACGAUUGAUCUCCACCAUCGGAAUGGGCGUCCUGGUCGGGACUUCCUUAGUUGUUAUAAUUCCCGAAGGCGUGGAAACACUUUACAGCACCUCCGAAGUUGGCCACGCGCAUUCACACGUAAGAAGGCAGGUCUUUGCACGCGAAGAAGACAUCCGAUGGCCGACCUCAUACACACCUCAGACACUACCUGCGGUAUCUGUUCGCGAUCCUGGCGACGAUGCAAGUCCACUCGACACACCGGGGCCCGUCAUGCCUUCCGGCAUGGAGCCUCCACCACGAACCCCUACGAAACCUGGUUUGGCUGGAAUAAUGGAAACCGAGAAUGAGGUCGAUAAAGAUGCCAAAAAAGGAGGCGAAGAAAGUCAUGAUGGUGAAUCCCGACACGCAUGGAUUGGGGUGGCAUUGCUAGGGGGGUUUAUGCUCAUGCAUCUGAUUGACAAACUGCCACAAUACACCCAACCAGCUAAACCAAAGACGAGGACUCACCAUAUCGCCCUCAAUAACCUCGGGCGCAGAUUCAAUCUGACCACGUCGUUGGAUCGGGAUGAUGAAGCGGACUCAUUCCUCGGCUCGACAGAAGGAUCUCGCGUUCGGAAUCGGAGCUUUGCAACCACCACUGGGUUGGUCAUUCAUGCAGCAGCUGAUGGAAUAGCUCUGGGGGCUUCGUCCACUGCGACGAACUCUGGAUUGAGCUUGGUGAUCUUCUUUGCGAUUAUGCUUCACAAGGCACCAGCGGCGUUUGGUCUUACUUCUAUAUUGAUCAAGCAGGGCCUUUCCAAAAGAGCAGCCAGAGGCCAUCUCGUCCUUUUCAGCCUGGCUGCCCCUGCUGGAGCCAUCUUCACCUGGCUGCUAGCUGGUGUUUUAGGUGGUGGCGGCAAUCAUUCUCCCCAAACAACUACUUGGUGGACGGGAAUGCUUUUGCUUUUCUCCGCAGGGACCUUUCUGUAUGUGGCCAUGCACUCGAUGCAGGACUCCCCAAGUUCUCAUCAAGAACAUAUGAAUGGCCAACCCAAUGGAUACGUCGAGGGGCGCGACAAUGCCCAAAAUGAGCAGAAACCUUCUUGGAAGGAUUUGGGAGCAGCAUGUUUUGGCAUGAUUCUUCCACUAUUUUUACAAGUUGGACACGCACAUUAA